AUGAGGCUAAAAUUCGCUGUGGCACUCCUUGUGGGCUUACUUUGCAAUGUAAACGGAGAUAGUUUGUAUACGGACCAGGUGAUUGAUCUUCCCGGAGUGACUUUCGAUUACCUUCAUCGGCAUUUCAGUGGGUAUUUGUCGACUCCAAGUGGAAGCAAAUUGCAUUAUUGGUGAGUAAAAAAACUUGAAAAAAAGAAAGAAGAGGUAAAAUACGUCAUCGUUUUUAAUGCAUUGUAUUGAUCUGUCGGGAAAAUAAUGGGCACAAGGUCGCUGAGCUGAUCGUGUCGCGGAAGAAAGAAUUUGUUUUUGCCGCGACGCAAUUCAUUUUCUCGGCGGCGAUGCGAUUUUCGAAAGGGGUUUGAAAUUCGAGGCUACAAUUUUUGAUCUAUCCUUGGGGAUAGAGCAAAAAUAGAUUCCAGAAAAUUCUAGCUCACGUCAGAGAAAAAGAACGGCUUUUUGGCCAAGUUUUUGCCAGUUCUCUCUCGAAAAAAAUAUUUUUUUUUGUGGAAAUAUCACCCUCUUCGGUACAAAAUUGUUUCGCCAAAUUUUUUCCAAAUUUUGACCAAUUUUCGGACAAAAAAUCUCGGUUUUUUCUGCUAAGCGCGAGCUGGUUUUUCUCUAUAUGUCUUAGAAAGAACCUGUUUCAAUUGUCGCCAAAUUUCACUACGUAAAAUCCGAGGGCUUCUCCAGUAAAAAAUUUUGAAAAUUUCGCAUUUUUCGAAAUUUUUCCAACAAAAAGUCGGCAGCCGAUUUGACAUUCAACAAGAAAUUCUCUUUUCCAACAAAAAAGAUCAUUUUUUCCUCAAAAAAUCCUCAGAAAUCCCGCUAAAAUCUCUUUCUUUUCUCUGCCGUCUCUCCUUAUUUUCCGUAGUCUCUCGUCUGCAAAGCUUGUUGAAUAUCUCGGCUCCCAUUGCAAAACAUAAGCUAAAAAUUUGAGGGAUUAUUUUAUGACCCAUGUAUAGUAUAUGGUGAAAUUUUGAAGAAAAUUCAAGCUCUGUGCCUCGAGCAAUUUGUCUUUGAAUACCAGAGCUCAAACAAUAUUAAAAAAUGUUUUUUUCCUUUUUCUCUGCCAAGUUUUUGCUGAUAAAUCAGCAAUGAACCCUGCAGUUCGUCGCUAAUCCCCGUUACUCCCUAUUAACGUCUUAUUGGUCAUUAAAAGCCCUCCAAACUUGUUAUCAGUCAUGUCCAAUUUCAUAAUGAUGACUCGGAUUGUUUGAAGUUCUUAUCGGCCUCUUGUAUUUGUUCAAUUAACAGGCUGCUUUAAAUUAACGCAUCCGACUGAUAAGGCAAUUAACUUCCAUUCAAUUCGAAGGAUGGCUAGAAGGCAAAUAAUGGGAGCAAAAUACGAAAUAUGCGUAUAAUUCAAGGUUAUGUAUAUAUAGAUAUACAGGGUGACAAAGAAAAAACGCAACUCAUAUUUAUGGCCAUAUUUUGUCUAAAACACCAAACUUAACCAAAGUAACGGUGAAUAUCAGUAACAUAGAGCAUUGUAAAUAGUAUGCUCGGCCAGUUUUAAGGUGGCUGUUCUUCGCCCCGAGAUAGAGCUCAAAACGUGACUUUAAAUUUUGGCCGAUUCGCCGAAGCUUUUUUGGGGAAAUCGGUUCCGUUCUUACCGCAGAGAUCAAUUAGCGGCUCCCUCAUCCGCGAACAGGACCUUCUCUCAUCGCUGAGCUGCUGCGCGACGGUUUAGUUUUCAACAUUUUUUGAGCCGUACUUGCUCUUAGUGUUCCGUGAGGCGCUAAGCUUUUUGGAGCUUGUAAGACUUGCUCUACGGUACAUUGAUCACCAUUCGUCGAUCCGUUGUUCCCUUGAUGCCGGUCUGCCGGGCAAUUUUCUUCAUGGACACCACCAGAUUUUGCUUCACUCGCUUUCUGAUGAUCUCAAGGUUGGCAGAAGUCUUCAAGAUGCGCUUCCUUCUAAUUCCAUGGCCAAGCUCGUUGAGUCGUUUGAUGCUUUUCGUAUGUGAGGUUUUCCUACACCGACCAAUUUAGCAAUCUUUUACUGUCCAUUUUCUUUCCGUGACAGGUUUAAAAUCGGGGUCCCUCUGUUUGAGACUCGAAACAAACAUGUUAAUCAACCGAUAUGGGUAUGAAAAUUGAGAGGCUAGGACAAAAAAACACGGAGAAUUUAAUGGUAUGAACAAUAUUUUCCUAAACCUAAAAGUUUUCGCGGCAGGACCCAUGAAAAAAAGUUGCAUUUUUUAUUUGUCACCCUGUAAUAACAUUAUAUUUCGAAAGGUUGUGGUGAAAGAGGCUGUAGAACGUAAAACUUUGAAUUGUAAAAUACGUCCGAUCGCAGUUGAGUAUAUCUCUACGUAAAAAGGGAAUUUAAAAAAAUUUACUAUUAGAUAAAGGGGAUAUCGUUCUGUCGGGAAAAUAAUGAGCAUUCUGUCACAUCGAAAAUUGCAUCGCCACCGAGAAAAUAAAUUGUGUCAAAGAUAAAUAUUUUUUUUUUCACUUCAGCGACAUGAUGACAACAUUGUGCUCAUUAUUUUCCCGACAGACUAACAGCUUUGCAAAAAUUUUCCCUCACAUUCAGAUUUGUCAAAAUCGGGCUUAAAUUUGCAGUGGAAGUGCUUGAAAUGCGAAGCUGAAAUUUCGAUGAAACUUGACACAAAUUGAAAUAGAUUUUUUGAAAGAAAUAUUCGAGAUUAUUAGUUAUUAUAAACGACUGAGAUUUUUAAGCCAUGUGUUGGUCAAAUUUCACAUUUUUUUUGCAAACUUAUCCAUAAAAAAUUUUAUGAUUAGAUAGCAUUUUUUCAACGAAAAAUCAAUAAUUUCCCCUACGGAAAUGGCAUGGCCAAAAAGUGUAAACAAAUCCUAUCGUAUUUUACAAAAAAAAUCCGCCAGCCUCUAAAGAUAAUAAUAUGAAAAAUACUCAACGUUGACUUUUUUUAAAAAUUUUUUUAGUGAAGUUGCUACACAAAAUUCUAAGACUUUUGGCAUCAGCGGAUAGUUGAAAUUUUGCUUUUUGCGCGAGCUGCGCCCUGUUGAAAGUGAGAUUUUUUGAUCGAUUUUUGGUCGUAACUUUUGACACUGUUGCAGUAGCCCUUAGCUUUUUGGUUAUUGUCAUCACCGAAUGGGGCCCAAACUUUGCGUUUUUUCGAAAUUUGCAUAUCUAUGCCCUCCGGAUAUGUACCCGAAAUAAUGGAAUUUUCGGAUUUUUUUUUGAUUCCAUCCUAUUCUACGCAAAUUUCUAAGACUUCUGAAGCCCACUUAUAAUUUACAAUUAUCGACCGGUCGAAAGUUAUUUCCGAUUUUCGAGAUUUUUCGGAAUAUUCCAGAUUUCACCGUCAAGAUGACGGAAUUUCUGGAUUUUGAGAACGGAUUCUGAAUCAGCAUGCCUGACAUGCCCUAGAACCACCUUUCGUAUCUUCCUGUCGUAUUUCGUAUUUUAGCCAUUCGAGAUUUUUCGAAAUUUCCCAAAAUAGGCCUAAUUUUCCGGAAUUUUUUCCGGGAAAACUAGAUCGAAAUUCAAAAAAAGGGCAAAAUGUCGUUCUUAGGAAUCGAUUCAGCUACACGCUGAAUUUUUUUCAGGUCCCGUUAUCGCUUCUGAAGUCUGAUCGAAAGGGCCGCGCAGAAUCGACCGAAACUCGAAUUUUGAAAAAUCGACCAAAACUUCAUGUUAUCGACCGAAUUUCGGAAUUCUGAAGAUGGCAUUCGAUUCAACAUGUGUGACUUGACCUAGGAACGUGUAUCACUGGCUUCGGUAGCGUUUCGUAUUUUACAUGCCCCAAAUUUUCGUCCGAGGUCAGAUCUGAUGUACAAUAUUAAAAUUUUUUUUUCUCGGAACUGAAGUCGAAAUUCAAAAAUCGGGCUUUAUAUAGUUCUUAGCAAUAGACUGUAGUAUGUUCUCCAUUAUUUUCGGAUUCUGGGAUCGUCGUUGAAUCUCGAGGUCUUCCGCCAACGGCCGAUUUCCCGGAUUUUUUGACUAAAUCGGCCCUGAGGGCUCAGACUUCAAAUUUUUCGGAUUUAUGCGUAUUCCAUCGUAUUCAGCAUGUACGAGUUGACCUAGGAACGUGUAUCACUCGCCGCAGUAGCGUUUCGUAUUUUAGGUAUUCAAAAUUUUCUUCCGUGGAGCAGGUGUCAUGAACAACAUGAAAAUUUUUUUUUCUCGGAACUGUAGUCGAAAUUCAAAAAAAGGGCCGCGUGUUGCUGUUAGCAAUUGAAUGGACGUGCUACACAAUUUUUUUCAGAUUCCGAUAUCGUGCCGGAAGUCAGAUUGUAAAGGACAAAGCCCGAUUUUCGGGAUCUCGAAAAUUUCGACAUUUCCCCUCAGGGCGUCAAAAUUCAAAUUUCGUGAAUCGAGACUUGGACUAUCGUGAUCAGCGUGAAUUAUCGGACCGGAUAGCAUUUUCAUUUCCUAAAAUACGACCGUCCGGACCAAAAUUGGAAUUUUUUCCCCAUGGUCAGGUGUCAAGUGUAAUAUCAAGUCCUCAUUCGCGUAAUGGGGGACGAAAUUCAGAAAAGAGCUUCGCUGUGCCUUUGUAUUUGCCUGGAGUAGAUCCAUAACCAUUUUCAGCUGCUGAUGUCGCCCCACUGUAGCUGCGCAGUUGCCAGAGGGCCGAUUUUUGGCAUUUUUCACACAAAUUUGGCCCUGAGGCCAAGUAAAGUUCGAAAUUCAAAAUUCGGCUCGGGUCAAUUUUUGGCAAAUUCGGUAAGCUUCCAUCGUGCCAAAUUUCAGCCCAAUCGCUUUCGAACUGGGCGAGCACUGCCUCCACAAAGCGCGGGGAAAUUGGAACUUUUGGAUUUUUUGACAGAGUCGUCUCCAAAGUAUUGAUAGGCUGGGAAAUUUCUUUGCUUAUACGCAACUUUCUUUGUGCGAGGCCGAAGGCCGAGCCAAACUGACUUUUUUUUGGAAGCUUCGGCGGCCGAAGGCCGCCGUCGGUCACGGAACCUUCUGAAUGUUGUUGUAGAGUGCUACAGCGCACUGUGCCGAGGCCGAAGGCCGAGGCAAAGUUCCAAAAACAGUUGAUCGGUCAAAGUUAGCUUAUGAAAGGUAGCGCUGGCGCGCGGCCCUUAGCUAACAGAAGUGCCGGGCUUGAGGCAGUAUAACGCGCGCCAGCGCGUUGUUGGCCACGCGAAGCGUGGCCUGGACGAUCAACUGUAGUGCAUGCGAUCAGCAACCUUUGUGCGAUCAAGUCAACUUCACGUAGGGCAACCUUUGCGCGCACAGCGACGUCAAGGCCCGCGUUAGCGGGGCUUGUCGUAUUUAAAAAGUGUUUUUGUUUUUAACUUUUACUUUAAAAAAAACUCACUUUUCACUUAUAAAAUUAAAUAAAUUUUUAAAAUAAACGUAUUUUAAAAACAAAAAAAAAACAAAAUUUCAAAAAAAUUAAAUCAAAUUUAAUUUAAAAAAUCGGAAUAUUAAAAUUUUUAGGUUCUUUGAGUCCCAACACAGCCCCUCAACGGAUCCCGUGGUCCUCUGGCUGAACGGCGGUCCCGGAUGCUCUUCCAUGGGCGGAGCCUUGGCCGAGAUCGGCCCAUUCCGGCCGAAUCCCGAUGGGAAAACGCUUUUCGAGAACGUCUACGCCUGGAAUAAGGUGGGAAUCAUCAAUUUUUAACUAAAAUAAGGUCAUUUUAUGAAUAAAAAUUAUUUUUAAAACGAUUUUCAGCUAGCGAACGUGCUGUUUCUCGAAGCACCAAAGAAUGUUGGGUUCUCCACUGGCAACAAUGAUACAUAUUCGGAUGAUGAAGUAGGUUUUUUCGACGAAAAAAUGGAUUUUUUUUGAUUUUUUUAAUUUUUUAUGGAUUCUUUUGCAAAAAUUGUUAUUGUAAUUACAGAACGAGCUCGAUACGUAUUUUACAACUCAAAAUUUAAAAUUUCAUAAAUUUUUCGGCAAAAAAAAAAGUAAAUUUUCUGUAAUUUCUAGCAAAAAUUUUGUGAUUUUGGCAAAAAAAUCUUGCAGGAGUUGCCACAAAAACAAAAUGACGUGAUUUUUUGCCUAUACUUUUCUUGAAUUUACAGUUUUGCAGCAUUUUCCCAAAAAAAUGUAAAAUUUUUGCCAUGGAUAAUAUAAUUUUUUAUUUUUUUUUUGCAUUUUUUUCCAUUGAUUUUAAAUUUUCAGACCGCUGAAGACAAUUUGGAAGCCCUUUCCGAAUGGUUCAAGCGAUUCCCAGCCUUCCAGAGCAAAAAGUUGUACUUGGCUGGGCAGUCUUAUGCUGGAGUUUAUGUCCCAACCCUGGCCAGAAAUAUCUUGAAAAAUGUGAGUUUACUGUUUCUGAGAGCGAAUGGAAAAAUUAUCCCAAAAUAAUUUGUUCAGAGCAGUGCAAUAUUUGCAAUAUUUUUUUUACUUCUGCACAGUGCAGAAAUAAAAGAUAUUUUUUUGCACUGUGCAGUAAGAAUUUUGUGAAAUUUGCACAGUGCGAAAGGCUUUUCUUCGGUUCUUUUGCACUGUGCAGUCAAAAUUUUGUCGCAAGUUUUGCACAGUGCAAUUGGAACUUUUUAAAAUUUGCACAGUGCGAAGGACUUUUCUUCGAUUCUUUUUGCACUGUGCAGUCGAAAUUUUGUCGCAAAUUUUGCACAGUGCAAGAGCUGACUUUUUGUUUGCACGGUGCGACAAACCAGGUUGAAGUAAAUAAAAUGCACCGUGCAGAAAUAAAAAAAAAUAUCUUUUUUGCACAGUGCACAAGAAUUCAGGAUUUUGAUGAUCUGCACUGUGCAAAUAAAAAGAUUUUUUUGAUUGCACGGUGUAAAACAAAAAUUUUCGAACAUUUUGCACUAUGAAAAAUUUUUUGAAAGUCCGCACUGUACGACAAAAAAGACUCUUUUGAAUUGCACAGUGCAAAGAAAUCGGGAAAAUUUUGCACAGUGCAAAAAAGCUGUUUUAAGAUCUGCACAGUGCAAAAAAGAAAUACUUUUUUCAUCGCACAGUGCAAAACGAAAAUUCGAAAAAAACCGCGCACAGUGCAAAGAAAUCGGGAAAAUUUUGCACAGUGCAAAAAAGCUGUUUUAAGAUCUGCACAGUGCAAAAAAAAAAUACUUUUUUCAUCGCACAGUGCAAAACGAAAAUUCGAAAAAAACCGCGCACAGUGCAAAGAAAUUGGGAAAAUUUUGCACAGUGCAAAAAACCCCUUUUAAGAUCUGCACAGUGCAAAAAAUAAAUACUUUUUUCAUCGCACAGUGCAAAACCAAAAUUCGAAAAAAACCGCGCACAGUGCAAAAAAACUUCAUAAAUUUUGCACUGUCAAACAUUAAAGUGCGAGGUUCCGUAAGCCAGCGCCCAAAGAAAGAGUGUUCCCGCUGCGGGACCCAACACGGCAGAUCUCUCUUGCCAGAAAAUAAAAAAAUUGUUUUUUUGUUGUACAAAAUGGAUCAAACAAUGUGAAAGAUGGAUGGAGAUCAGUGAAGAAGGUAUGUUUUAUUGUGUUUUCUGAUUUAGAGCAGCUCGACAAAAAUUUUUACGAAAUCUGGUCCAAGAUUUUUUGUGUUUUGAGCGAUUUUACGCAAUUUUUGACAUAACGAAGCAUGAAAAUAGGUGUAGUUUCCCAAAGAACCGUCCAGGAGCGCUGGUGAUUGACUUUUGGUCAAGUUAGAGGCAAAACCUUCACCAAACUGCCUAGUAUAAUAUAAUUUUUUUCCAGGAAUUCGAAUCCAGAUGCAGCCAGACGGCUAGACUUCACCACGAGGACUCGUUGAAGCCAGAAGAAUGCUCGAUAUCGUCCAAAGUCAAAGCUGCUUUGACUUUCCAACUGUUUCCGAGGCUGAUGUCGCAUCGAAAAGGUGAGAGUUUUGCUCUGCUUUCACGUUUUAGGCCUGGAUGUCUUUGCUCCUUGAGCAAGGCAAUGGGGUUUCUUCGCAAUGAUGCCAUCUGGAAUGCGGUUGCUUCGUCUUGCGCCACAUCAGACCCAAUAUUCCAGUGUAAUACAAUUUUUUUCAGGGGUACCAGCUCAUUCAGUACCAUGUCGGCAGCCCGGUCCGGAGGACUUAGCAGCCCACUCUUACAGAUUCAACAACAGCCAGAUCAAUGGUAUUAUACUUUAUACGAAUAUCAAAAUAUUUAUUGCUAUUUUUACAAUAAAUUGAUUAUGUUUUCCAGUGUUUGUCCUCUGCAAGACCUUCUUUAUCGUCCAUAUAACGUCCCACAUGUUUCGCGUAGUCCAAACUUCGCGGUCGGGGGAGUGAUCGCCUAAAAAAAUUGUAUUACACUGGAUAUAUUAGGUCUGCUGUGACGCAAGAUGAAACAACCGCAUUCCAGAUAGCAUCAUUGCGAAGCAACACCCAUUGCCUUGCUCAAGGAGCAAAGACAUCCAGGCCUAAAACGUGAAAGCACAGCAAAACUCUCACCUUUUCGAUGCGACAUCAGCCCCGGAAAAAGUUGGAAGGUCAAAGCAGCAUUGACUUUGGACGAUAUCGAGCAUUCUUCUGGCUUCAACGAGUCCUCGUGGUGA